GAACCAGAUCUGCAAGCUAUCCCGAUCGAUGCUAUCAGCUGGCGGUUGACUAUAAAUAACCCCCGACUUUUAAGUUUCAAUCAACAGUUUGGUUUGGAAUCAUCCGUCCAACAUGUUGCGUUUCGUAGUACUUGCCUUGGCCCUGAGCCAUGUCUCUUUCGCUCAACAAACCAGCGAUCGGGCGAUCCAGAAAUCGCUGACCGAGGCCGUCAACAAGAACACCAAUCAAUGGGUGGCUGGACCUUAUCCGGUGCCGUUGACCUUCUUCAAAACUGGAGUCAAGAAGCAAAACGGAACCAAGACGCUGCCGAUUAGUUCGUCAUCUUUCCUGCGUCAAGCGUACCGGGACAUCCCGGAGGAAUUCGAUGCUCGCACCCAGUGGCCAAAGUGUAACUCAAUCCGUGAAGUUCGCGAUCAGGGAUGCUGUGGAUCGGCUGUCGUUGUUGCGGCCGUUUCUGUGAUGAGCGAUCGUUGGUGUGUCAACUCGCCAGCCAAGGAUAACUUCUACUUCGGAGAGUUUGAGCUGCUGUGCCGCAAGGAGGGACGCGAGGAGGCUUGUAAUGGCGCUGAACUGAACCAACCUUGGGAUUACUGGGUUAAGUACGGUAUCGGAAGUGGAGCUCCUUAUGGACGUGAGGGUGCCUGUCAUUCGUAUCCAUUCACGACCUGCAACAGCACCAACCCCAGAGAACAGGCCCCAGCUUGCUCCAACCCUUGUCAGGAUCGCCGUUAUGGACGUUCCGGGUACCGCGUCGCUGCUAGUGAGGACGCCAUCAAGUCCGAAAUCUUCCGCUAUGGACCCGUUAUGGCCGUUUUCAAUGUCUACGACGACUUUAGGGCCUACAAAAGCGGUGUCUACAAGCAUGUUACAGGAGAGGGUAAGGGAACUCACGUGCUCCGUAUUAUCGGCUGGGGUGUCGAGGAUGGCGUCAAGUAUUGGCUCACUGCCAACAGCUGGGGUGCCAACUGGGGAACCAGUGGUUUCGUGAAGAUUGCACGUGGCUCCAACGAGUGCGGUAUUGAAUCGAACGUUUUUGCUGGACUGCCAGACUACGAGAAGCACUUGCGCAGCUAUUCUUCUUACUGAUCGAAUUGAGGUUGUUGUAAAAUUUAAAUCAUAAAUUGUGAAAAUCGGCAUUUUUUUUUAUCUGAAACCAAUAUGAU